GCCUCUCUGGAAUUCUCCUCUCCGCGUCGAUCUCCUUCAAAGGGAAGGAAGCAUUUCCGUAGCAAACAACCCGACAAAAAAAGAAAUAAAUAAUAAGCAACUCGCUUUCUUGAGCUGCUUUUCUCUUCGAAACAUCGUUGAAGAAGGGAAUUUCUAACAUAUCAACUUUCUGGUCAAUUCCGCCUUUACGGAUUCAAUUUACCAGCAUUGUUUUGCAGCUUCCUUGUCAGUGUGGAUCCAGUCAGAGAAGCACAGCUGAUAUGUCGGAACGAGUGACGGCAUAAUCCCUGCUUGCCUUCAUAUUUCUGAUUUUUCCCCAUUAUUUUGAUCGGAAGAAGGCCAAGGUUGAUUUCAGGCGUCGGAUUAUAGUCCAUCUCAGCUCAGUUUGAUUGUUUUUGACGGAGAAAACUGCCGUCUUUCAUUUGAAUCAGCCUCAUUCUUUCCAAGUGUACCCUUAAUUUUAUUCAUAGGGCGGCAGAGAAGUUAGAACCGCAUCCAACAUCUUGAGAUUUUGCUGGAAUAGCAACUUCGUUGAAUCUGUUGUAAAUGAUCGAAGUUUGAUUCGCUUCCAGAGACUUUAGGUAACGAAAGCGUUGAGGGGGCAUAUGGGUAUAUUCUUUUUCCCUUGUCAGUGACUGAGAAUCAAUAUUCUUUAGCCAUCGAUGAAAUGAAAAAGGCAAUAGGCGUUUGUAACGCUGAUUUUUUUGAUGAAUGAGAACGGAUGGAUGCGAGAAGUGCAAGUUCUGUUAUUACUUUUGUCAUUCUGUUUUUUGCAUUGGCCACGGGAAGUUCAGAAGGAACCAGGAGGGCAGGGAAAUUCUACUGGGCCAAUGGGAUUGCUGUGGCGUCUUCUCCAGAGAUAGAAAUAGACGAAGAUAUGGCAGAGGAGUUGUGGAUCAAGUGCAGACUAGAUUUGGUGCAAAUGAAAGAAUCUGAUAAAAAUAUUGACUUAAAUUUUCCAGAGCAAAUAGCCAUUGGCUCCAAUGGUAUUAAUUCUGAAGUGCAGUCAUUGGAGAACGGAAACCUACAGAAAGCUAUUAGUGCCCUGCCUUCCCAAACAAUAGAGAUUCUUUUGGAUUGUUUAAGAAAGAAAGAUCAUUUUUACAUUUCUGGAGAAGAGGGUGGUUCUAAGAAUUGGUACACCAAGUAUAUGGAGUUCCUUUUUGGUUGGCCUGAAUACUCCAGACGAUUUUUGGGUGGAGUGUUGCUUCAAAAUGUAGUAAGCCCUGCACAAGCCCCUGCAGUUGAACCACCUACUUAUGGUCCAAGACCAUCUUCCGCCCCAGCACCUGCCACCUCUUAUAUCCACCCACCUGUGGAGGCUCCGAAACUGCCAUUUUUCCCCCGAGAUUUUUCUGAUUCCAGUCCACAACCUUCAACUUCACAUUCUUCUGUUGAUCCAAUUGUUGCACCAGGUACACCGUCAAGAAAGCACAAUAAUAGGAAACCAGUUGUUAUUGCUGUUGUUGUAACUGCUGUUGGGACACUUGUAUUUGCUUCAAUGCUCUUCUUUUUCUACCUUAAGUGUUAUAGAAGUAGAACCAAUACUGGCUCUGGAGAUGGGCAAAAGGAUGACAGGCCCCUGCUUAGCCUGGGCUUAAGCGAUUAUUCUGUUGACUAUCAACUUUCAGGUUCUUCACAGAGGUAUUCCACCCAUGGAAGUUCAAUUAACAAGGACAAGUAUGGAACUCAGUUAUUUAAUACUAAUAUAAAUCAAAAUGGAAGAGCAUCAUCUUUGAACAGCAAUUUGUCUGUAAAGCCUGAUGUACACAACUCCUCCCCAUCUGAAGCUCCAUUAUCAGGACGAAUUACUGGUGCUGCCAAAACCCCAGUAGAGCCAUCUACAUCAUCCAGCAAUAUUCAUGCAACAGUUCCAUCUCUUCCUCUAAAGUUGCCUCCUGGCAGGGCUAGACCUGCCCCACAUCUACCACCUAUACCUUCUGAGCUACAGCCAUCGCCACCACCAAUUGUACCUUCUAACCCACCACCUCCACCUUCUGGCCCACCACGACCUCCACCAUCCAUACCUUCUGGGCUACGACCACCACCACCUGUACCUUCUGGGCCACCACCUCCACCACCUAUACCUUCUGGACCACGACCUCAACCACCUGUACGUUCUGGUCUACGACCUCCAUCACCCAUAUCUUCUGGACCACCACCACCUCCACCACCUAUACCUUCUGCCAGGCCUCGACCUCCCCUUCCUCCAGGUCCUCCCCCACCAAAGAAUGUUUUUUUCCCUACACCAGGGAAUGCUGUCAAUGAAGGAACUAGUUUAAAGGCUCAUGCUGAAGCUCCAAAAGCCAAGCUGAAGCCAUUCUUCUGGGAUAAGGUUCUUGCGAACCCUGAUCAUUCAAUGGUUUGGCAUCAGAUUAGUUCAGGGUCAUUUCAGUUCAAUGAGGAGAUGAUAGAGACUCUCUUUGGGUAUGCUGCUGCUGAUAAAAAUAAAAAUGAGCGUAAGAAAGAGUCAUUAUCUCAAGAUCCUUCUUCCCAGUACGUUCAACUCAUUGAUUCUAAGAAGUCACAAAAUUUAUCCAUUCUUUUACGGGCAUUGAAUGUGACAACGGAAGAAGUCUGUGAUGCACUGCAGGAAGGAAAUGAGCUUCCCAUAGAACUUCUUGAAGCUUUGUUAAAGAUGGCACCUACAGCAGAAGAAGAACUGAAGCUUAGGCUCUUCAAUGGUGAACUUUCCCAACUUGGGCCUGCAGAAAGGUUCUUAAAAGUCCUGGUUGAUAUCCCUUUUUCUUUUAAGCGCUUUGAUUGUUUGCUUUUCAUGGGUUCUCUUCAAGAAGAAGCCUCAGUUAUUAAGGAAUCCCUUGCAACUUUAGAGGUAAGACCUUCAAUGUUUGAAUUGAAAAUUUUCUUGAUACGUGAUCCAACGCUUCUACACCAACAAAUGGUAUCAGAGCAAGGUUAUUAA